AUGUGUGUCUAUUGCUUUGAUGUCCUUAUAUCCUAUGUUCAGCGCCAAUCGGAGCCUGCAAGACCAGCCUUUACCAAUGAUGCAUAUCCGUUAUUUGUAACUUGGAAAACAAGUGAUGAAAGACUUCGUGGAUGUAUUGGCACUUUCAGUAGUUGCAAUUUGCAUUCCGGACUGCGAGACUAUGCGUUGAAUAGUGCAAUCAAAGAUAGUCGAUUUGCACCUAUAAGAAAGGAAGAAAUAACUGACUUAAGUUGUACUGUAUCACUUCUUACCAAUUUUGAAGAAGCUGCAGACUAUUUAGAUUGGGAGGUUGGUAUACAUGGAAUUCGUAUCGAGUUUAAGAAUGAGAAAGGCCAUCAUCGCUCCGCUACUUACUUACCGGAAGUAGCUAAAGAACAAGAGUGGACAAAAAUUCAAACAAUAGACUCAUUAUUACGCAAAGGUGGUUAUAGAGCUAAUAUUUCGCCUUCGUUUCGGUCAUCAAUUCGAACAACACGUUACUGUAGUCAAAAAAUUACGUUAAGCUAUAAUGAAUACUUACAACAUCAGCAACAAAUUAGUCAUUCUGGUAAAUAA